GCUUGGUCUUCCUCGGGAGGUCACAGUCUCUAAGCUCUCCCUGCUUGGCCGACAGGGGAGGGGCUGAGCCUGGGCCAGAGCUGCAGCGGGAGUGCUUGCUGCCUGAUUAUCACAUGACUCCACGGCGGUAGCCGUGGCAGCAGGAGCCGCUGGUCUGCGGGCUCGCCGGGUGGGCUCAGUUCCGCGCACGCAGGAGCCCGGCGCAGGGGGCGGGGAAGGGGCCCGCUGCAGCUGCCGCCCGCCAGCCGCUGCCGGGGCUCUAGUUGUCCCUCUCUAGCCGCCCUGCACGCUCCAUGUCGCCCGGUUGCGGAAGUGUCGCCGGGAGAGGUGGCGUCGUCGUCAGGGAGCACCGGAGGCCGGGGCUCGGCCCCCUGCAGCACUGAGCUCCCGGAGCCGCGCACCCCAGCGGCCCGGCUGCCCGUGCGCCCCGCGCCCGCCGCAGCCUGCAUGCCCCCGCGUUGCGCUGCGGCCGGCCGCCGCCUCCUGCUCGCUCAGCGGCUGCCCGGCGCCGGAGUAAUAUGCUCACUAGGGUGAAAUCUGCCGUGGCCAAUUUCAUGGGCGGCAUCAUGGCUGGCAGCUCCGGCUCCGAGCACGGCAGCAGCGGUUGCGGAGGCUCGGACCUGCCCCUGCGCUUUCCGUACGGGCGGCCGGAGUUCCUCGGGCUGUCUCAGGAUGAAGUGGAGUGCAGCGCUGACCACAUCGCCCGCCCCAUCCUCAUCCUCAAGGAGACCCGGCGGCUGCCCUGGGCCACGGGCUACGCAGAGGUUAUCAAUGCUGGGAAGAGCACUUACAACGAGGACCAAGCCAGCUGUCAGGUGCUCACAGUGAAGAAGAAGGUUGGGACCAUCGCGUCCACCCCAAACAGAAACUCCAAGCGAAGGUCAUCCCUUCCCAACGGGGAGGGGCUGCAGUUGAAGGAGAACGCCGAGUCCGAGGGCAUCUCCUGCCACUACUGGUCUCUGUUUGACGGCCACGCAGGCUCGGGGGCUGCCGUGGUGGCAUCGUACCUGCUACAACAGCACAUCACACGGCAGCUGCAGGACAUCGUGGAGAUCCUGAAGAACUCCGCCAUCCUUCCCCCAACCUGCCUAGGCGAGGAGCCUGAGAGCACGCCGGCCCACGGCAGGACCCUAACGCGCGCAGCGUCACUGCGUGGCGGUGUGGGUGCGCCUGGCUCCCCCAGCACACCGCCAACGCGCUUCUUCACUGAGAAGAAGAUCCCGCAUGAGUGUUUGGUCAUCGGGGCCCUAGAGAGAGCCUUCAAGGAAAUGGACCUUCAGAUAGAACGAGAGAGGAGUGCGUAUAAUAUAUCCGGCGGCUGCACAGCCCUCACUGUGGUGUGCCUGUUGGGGAAGCUGUAUGUGGCCAAUGCUGGAGACAGCAGGGCCAUAAUCAUCAGAAAUGGAGAGGUCAUCCCUAUGUCUUCGGAAUUCACCCCCGAGACCGAGCGCCAGCGACUUCAGUACCUGGCUUUCAUGCAGCCUCACUUGCUGGGAAAUGAGUUCACACAUUUGGAGUUCCCAAGGAGAGUGCAGAGGAAAGAACUCGGGAAGAAGAUGCUCUACAGGGAUUUUAAUAUGACAGGCUGGGCAUACAAAACCAUCGAGGACGAGGACUUGAAGUUUCCCCUAAUAUAUGGCGAAGGCAAGAAGGCCCGGGUAAUGGCAACUAUUGGAGUGACGAGGGGACUUGGGGACCACGACCUGAAAGUUCAUGACUCCAACAUCUACAUUAAACCAUUCCUGUCUUCAGCUCCAGAGGUCAGGGUCUACGAUCUCUCCAAAUAUGACCAUGGAGCAGAUGAUGUGCUGAUCUUGGCUACUGAUGGGCUCUGGGACGUUUUAUCCAAUGAAGAAGUAGCAGAAGCCAUCACUCAGUUUCUUCCCAACUGUGACCCAGAUGACCCUCACAGGUACACACUGGCAGCUCAGGACCUAGUGAUGCGUGCCCGAGGCGUCCUGAAGGACAGAGGAUGGCGGAUAUCAAAUGACCGGCUGGGCUCUGGAGAUGACAUUUCUGUAUAUGUCAUUCCUUUAAUACAUGGAAACAAACUGUCAUGAAAGUUGACCCAGGGGAUUGGGAGGACAGAAGGGAAGGAAACUGGGAUGCCUCUGAGGAGGGUGGAACUGGGGAGUGCCUGGGCUGGAUUCCAGGUGAUGCAAUUUCUUCCCAGCCCAGAUAGGGAAUUCGCUGCCAAAAGAGCCCCUGGCUUUGCUUCAAGGCGACCCUUAGGUUUCCAUUUUUUCUUUGGUAACAGGUCUGGAC